AUGGAUGUUGCAGCCGUACCCAAGAAACGCCCUCUAGGUCAGGAUGAUGUGGAGUCAACAAAGCAGCCAAGCGAGAAGAGGGCAAAAGGAGCGCAUCAAGGCGAUGCGUUUGGCAGGCUUUGGAGUCAACCAGAGAUUUGGGUGAACCACAUUCUUCCGUAUCUUGGAAUGGGACAUUACAUUUUCGUUGGGCUCGUCAGUAAACAAAUGAGAGACAUGUACAAAAAGUACUGCGAUACUGUGGAAAAACUGCUAAUUGUCAAGGCUGGCUAUUUUCUAACAAGCCCAGCAACCUGCGCGGACACAUUCUACAGCAUUGCCUUUUACAAUGUAGCCUGUGCUCAAUUCUGGGAGAGACACGACAACAAAGCAUCGUAUUCCUAUGGUCUGGCGUGUGCACAAGCUGCUAAGAUUGGUAAUCUCAAAGUCAUCCAGUGGGCAAAGAAGAAUGGCCAUGAAUGGGAUUCCAAAAGUGCUGUGAAUGCAGCUCGUAAUGGGCAUUUGGAUGUUCUCAAGUAUCUUCGCCGGCACGGCUGUCUGUGGGAUGAAGACACUUGCUCCUCGGCUGCAAAAGGCGGUCAUUUGGAAAUUUUGAAAUGGGCCCAUGAAAAUGAUUGCCCAUGGUAUGCAGCAGCAAUGUGCUCCAGCACAGCGGAAUUUGGACAUUUGCAUAUUUUGCAAUGGGCUUACGAAAUCACCUCUCCAAUUCGGAAUACUGGGAGCUGUCCAUGGAAUGCAGAAAUAUGUUCCAGAGCAGCCAAAGGGGGGCAUAUGCAGAUAUUGAAAUGGCUUUAUGAGCAUGCAUGUCCAUGGGACGCACAUACCUGUGCCAAUGCUGCAGAGGGUGGGCAUCUUGUCAUGUUAAAAUGGGCUCGUGUAAAGGGGUGCCCGUGGGAUGAAUUGACUUGUGCAGCAGCUGCAGGUGGUGGGCAUUUGUUUGUUUUGAAAUGGGCUCAUGAAAAUGGCUGUCCGUGCAGUACUGUGACAUGGCACUAUGCUGCCAGAAAUGGACACUUGGCUGUUUUGAAAUGGCUUCAUGAAAUUGGCUGUCCAUGGGAUGCUCAUGUUUGUGCUUGUGCUAGCAAAGGGGGGCACUCAGAAGUGUUGAAAUGGCUUCGUGAACACGGUUGUCCAUGGACUGGCAGCACUUGUGCUGGUGCCGCCGGGGAGGGUCAUUUGGAGCUGCUGAAAUGGGCUCAUGACAAUGGCUGCCCAUGGGAUGAAGGAGCUUGUGCUGCCGCAGCAAAGGGUGGGCAUUUGGAUGUUCUCAGGUGGGCCAGACAGCAUGGCUGCCCAUGGGAUGCUCAAACAUACCACGCUGCCAUCUUGUUUGGCAGCAAGGAGAUCAAAAAGUGGCUUCAGGAGAAUCAUUGCCCCCAGGCCUAG